GUUGUCGUCCCUGCGCUACGGCAUAGUCUCAGGCUCCUGGGUGGAGCGGGUCCACCUGUGGCGCUUGAAGGGCGUCAUUCAGUGCCUCCCUAUUAUCGCCACCACUUUCUGCUGUCACCCAUGGUGCUGUCUUCAUUCAAACAUGGGCUCCUCAAUGGCUGGUGGCUAGGGCAGGUCAAUGUGGUGCGCUGGGAGGGGGUGUUUCGCUGUCUCCCCAUCUGUGGGAUGGCCUUCGCCUGCCAGUCUCAGGUGCUGCCGACCUACGACAGCCUGGACGAGCCGUCUGUCAAACGCAUGAGCACCAUCUUCACCUCGGCCCUUAACGUUGUCACGGUCUUCUACAUCACUGUGGGCUUCUUCGGCUACGUCAGUUUCACGGAGAACAUUGCGGGAAACGUGCUGAUGAACUUCCCUUCCAACUUAGUGACCGAAGUGAUCCGGGUGGGCUUCAUGAUGUCCGUCGCCGUCGGAUUCCCGAUGAUGAUUUUACCGUGCCGUCAGGCCAUCAACACCAUGCUCUUUGAACAGCAGCAAAAAGAUGGGACAUUUGCUGCCGGUGGAUACAUGCCUCCUCUGCGCUUCAAAAUGAUAACCCUCAGCAUCGUGUUUGGCACCAUGCUGGGAGGCAUUCUCAUCCCCAACGUGGAAACCAUUUUGGGUCUGACUGGAGCCACCAUGGGGAGCCUCAUCUGCUUCAUAUGCCCUGCCCUCAUCUACAGAAAGAUCCAGAAGAGUGGCGUCAUCGCUCAGCUCGUGCUUUGUGUGGGUCUGGGCAUCCUCCUCAUCAGCACCUUCACCACCCUGUCCAUCUCAGCCCAGGACCCCAGCACCAAAGUCCAAGCUCUUCCUCCUCCAGCACCCGACAAGAGCAACAUGCAACUCCCAGACAUCAAUGAGCUGCACGAGAAUCUUGCAGAUAUGAAACCAGUUGACAUUAAGCAACCAGACAUCCAAGGGGUAGAUGAGCUGCAACGUAACAAGAAGCAGCCAUUCGAACCCCUCCAUAUUAAAGGACCAGAGGAACUGCCUGAGAGCAAGAAGCAGGAAGAGGUGCAGUUGGACCGCCCUGAUGCUGGCGUAGCUGUGCCAGAGGGAGAAGCGCACCGCCAUGAACCACCCAUCCCACAUGACGAGGUGCAGAUAGACACAAAGAAGAACAAUGCAGAGUUGGAGGAGGAAAAGAAAACAGUGGAGGAAGAACACAAACGAGAUGAAGAGCAAGAUGGAGGUCAGGCAGCUGCAAAAAUAGAGAGUGCAGAAAACGUACUGAAGGCCGCAGUGGUGGUUGUGAAGAAAGAGGAAGUGGACCUGGGCGGAGGUGAAGUCCAUUCCAAUGAGGUGCUUGAGAAGGCGGCACAGGAAGCAGUAAAGGAUCAAGAUGACGGACCCCUGAAAGAAGUGGAGAAUCAAGAUGCUGGGAAAGACCCACGGGCCGCACGCGACAACGAAGCUGUAGUGGAGCAAGCAGAGAAAGUGGACAAAGCUGCUGAUGCUGCUGGGAAACCGCCACCCGCUGCUGAAGACGCCCCAGCUGCAGACAGCAAAGAUGGCGGAGAUGAGAAGAUGGAUGUGAUAAAAAAGCUGGUCGCAGAAGGCCAGCUGGACCACGCAGUACUGCUGCAGGUCAUCAAGGAGCAGCAGGAGCAACAGAAGAGACUGCUCGACCAGCAGGAGAAGCUUCUGGCGGUCAUAGAAGAGCAGCACAAGGAAAUCCACCAAAAGCCCCCAGGUGACCCACAGGAGGAGGCAGAAGGAGGAGCGGCGAAACCCCGAGACUCAGGCCUGGCCUUAGAUGUGCAGCAGGCCAAAGACCCAGCGGGCGGCGGGGCUCCGCAAGUGGCCGUCGCCGAGCCUCGUGCUGCGGUGCAAAACGCAGUUCAAGCUGAAGACAAGGGAGCCGAGGCAGCCAAGUUAGCUGCUCCGGCACCUUUCGAAGAGAACAACCUCGUCGAGUCACAUCAGGAGAGUGAACUGGGGGCAAGAGGAGUGCCUUUAAUAAGGAAAAUACCUGAGGGCCAUCAGCCAGUAGCUCAAAAUGAACACACAGCCCAAGUUCGAGACAAGGAACACAAGCUCGAUGAUGAAAAAGCAAAGCUGGAGGAGGCCCAGGCCAAACUGGAACAGCUUGAGAGGGAGAUGAAGGAAAAGGUGGAGUUGGAGAAGAAGAGAGCACAAAGAGAAAGAUUAGAAAAAGAACUGGAGAGGGAGGCAAAGGAAAAGGAAAAGCUGGCCGGAGAACAGGAGCGGCUGGAGAGAGAGAAGAUUGAGAAAGAAGUGCAGGCUCGGGUGGAAAAGGAACGACUGGAGAGGGAGAGGCGAGAGAAGCUGGAGAAAGACAAGGCGCUAAAGGAGAAAUUAGCACAGGAGAAGGCCGCCGAGGAGAAGCGCCAGGAGGAGAUUGAAAAAGCAGACAAUGCUUUGGUUGAGAGGAAAGAAAAGGAGGCACAGGAGAGGUUAGCUCAGCUGGAAAGAGCCAGAGUAGCCCAAAACGCCGGCAACCCCGCACAGGGAGCGCCGAGAGAAGACGGCCAAGCUUUGAAGAAAGGAGGACGAGACCUCAAAGAGAAAGUUGCCGCUCAGGCGGACCCGGGAGAGGACGCCGGAGACGGGCCCGUCAAAGCCCAGGCUCGCCCUCAGGGCUCCCACGAGAACGCAAGGGACGAGAGAGAGACGGAUCUAAGACGGAGGCGCAGGGCCCUGGGACGCAGCGAAGACGCCGGCCCUCCAGAGGGGCCUGGCGUGCCCAGGGCCGUGCGCGGGUUGGAGCCCCUGCUGGAGCUCGGGGGGCCCGACCUGCACGUAGCCCUGGAGGAGAAUCUGCUAGCAGGAGCAAUGGUGCACUCACGGCAGAUUAAGCAGACCUCCGAGGAUAAAGAGAUAAAAUAACACGCAUCACUCACACAUUCUCUUUACAGUUCUACCUGGACAGGCUUCGGAUAUAUCGAAGGAGACCGUGACGACGUUGCCUUGAGGAAUGUUCCCAAGAAAUAACGGUGGUGCCUCGAGAUACUAGUUUCAUAUUUUCCGUGGCGCACAACGCGGAUCUCAAAUCAUGUUUACCCAUUGAAAUGCAAAUGCUGUUAAUCCACUCCAGCCUCCCCUACCCACCAAAAACAUUUUUUAAUACUAAAAACAUUUGUACUAUUAAAAAUUUGAGUUAUUAAUUAAAUGAAUGUACAGUAAAUGUCAUUGGUUUGUGCAGUUUGGGCACCAGUGUGAAGUCAUGAAGAUGACUGGCACCUACUCCAAGUGACUACUCCGUAAUUUGCAGUAAUAUUAUUUGUAGAAAGUAAAAGGCCUGUAAGUAUUAUAUUGUCCAUAUGCGUCGAUGCAUCCCUUGUGUUCAAAUAUGUCGCUUUAAAGUAUUGAUGCUCUAUUCCUCAGCCAGCCUAUUGUUUUGCAUCGCGUGUUAGCAUUAAGAUAGCAGAAAACUGCAAACUGCUGCUUGUUAGAAAGUCACUUGGGUUGCGUUCACUUACUAUGUGCUGCUUACAAGUCAAAUUAAAAAUAAUAAUUAAAAAAAGAUGGCUCAAAUCUCAAGGUACCUCUGUACACUACCACACAAAGGUAGGGAUAUUUGGCUUUCAGGUGAAUUUUGAUAUUAUGAGAUGAUGAUCUGACAAAGUGUCUUUCUAACAUCUAUGCAGAGACUGUAUGUCAAAGCUUUAAAAUACAUUUUGCUCAUCUUUUUAGGGGACAGCAAGUUGUCCGAAAUAAGCAUUUAAAAGUUUAGGGAUCAAAUUAAGUGCAUAUUAGCGUCAUUUUGAAAUUUCACCCAAAAGCUGUAACUUUUUUUUUGUUGUUGUUUUUGUGAGGAGUGUAGUUGUGGCUUUAGAAGCUUGAGAGUGAAAUGUAGUCUAAAGUGCUUAAGGAACUAAGACUUUGUACAUAUUAACUUAUUUUUGUCAUGUUCGGGAGAAUGAUUAGAUUGUUUAAAUGUACAUAAAUCCAUACAUUUAGAUUUUAUCAAAGGUGGAUUCUAUAUCAAUUAUCAUGUCACUUUGUCCAUUUACUUUUAAAAGUUUUUUUUUGUGCAAUUCCCCACCCCUUCUGAAGUUGGUGUAUUGUAAAUACUGUAAAUUUUACGUUAAUGUUUCUACACUUUGGAUUUCUAAGUCUCAGUUCAACAUUAUGCUGGAGCUUCCAAUGUGUACACGUUUUUAAAAACUCAUUUCUUUACAGAUGACUGAAAAUAUUCUGUUUCCGCUUUUGGUUUCCGUGCCUUGUAAUUCACGCGUGUGCAGCUGCGCUCAUGUAAGAAGUAUUUUUUGUCCAAGUACAGUAAUGUAUUGAAGAAGCAUCUGUAUUGUAUCAAAAAUGUAAACAUUUUGUCAGCACGUGCAUUGCUUUUGUACAGAGGUAUUUUCAGACUAUUUUUCUAUUUACACUUUUUGUGCAUAUUCUGAUGAUAAUAAAGGCUCAAUCACAA